AUGGCUGGGAAGUCGCGGAUCGUUACAAGACCACCGUCGUUUAGUAUGCCGCUAAAAUUAGAGCCAAGCGUUCACAGUAACGUCUGUGAAGCCGAAGACUUUGAAGCUAGCUGUGCCAGCGACGACGAUGUGGUCGUCAUCGAAGACGCCCUGCUGGGAAUGAUGGAGAUGACGACGAAGUGCGUCGUAGCCGACUAUGGGGCCCGCGGCUGUUCCGGAGACGCCACCACCCGACUAGAUUACUUUUGUUCAGCCCAACGACAGGCGUGCGACAGCUGUCAAUCACCGACCUCUAACCACGCCCACAUAAGCGGAUCCCAAUCCGGCUACAUAACAUCGUCAGUUACCAUAGACAACAGAUUCGGCCUAAGCAACAAAUUCGAGCUAAAUAAGUUUGACCCCAUUAAGUUUGACCCAAUUAAGUAUGACCUAGUUAGGUGUGGCGGAAAGAGCUGCCCAUGGAGAAUUGAGGUCAACUCGGGUCAAACUAUCAACCUCACUUUGUAUGAUUUUGGAGUGGCCUACUUUAGCAUGCACCAUAACAAAUCGAACGAGUGUUACAUAUACGGGCAAAUUAGUGAACCCUCAGUUUUACGGAGCCACAAAAUUUGCGGCGGAAGGUCAAAGGUCAGCGUGAUUUAUAAUUCGGUCAGCAAUGUGGUUGACGUCAUCAACACACUGACCAAUAGCUCGUUGGGGCAGUAUGUGAUAUACUACGAAGCCAACGGAUGCUCCGACUACGUACCGCCGGAUCGGGGAUGGGCGAAGCGGUACAACGAUCGAAUAGUAGUCGGUUGCAACAGCAGCACAUCCCUACACUGGGAGGUCACGUGCGUCAACCGAAAGCAACAGCGUGAACUCAUGUACCCCUCCAGCGGGCCAAUCAUCUCGCACUACCUUACCCACGAGCCACACUAUGACAUUGACCUCGACCCCAAAACCAUCGCCACCCUCAACACGAUUCAGCGGAAGAAGCACCAGCAGCAGCAGCUUCUACUACAGCAGCAACAGCAGCUGACACUGGACAAGAAACUUAACAAGAAAAACCUAAAAAUACAGCAGCAGCAACAGAAGAAGCGACACAAGUCCUCGCGUUCUCUCUCGGACGGAAGUCGUAACGUGUAUGCACGUACUAAGAUGGAGUUCAGACCCCUACCUUCUAUACCAGUUUCUCAGGGUAACCGGCCCAUAGAGAACACCAUGGAAGAUUACCCUUACCCCAUAUCUGCGUCUAUCCCUAGCUUACCCCCAAGUGGGGGCAACUUAUCAUCAGCUGAGUGCGAGCAGCAGAUUGUACACAUGCCUCCAACCCCCGGCUUCAACACGGCAUCCAGAAAACCAGCAAAACCCAUGAGAACAAGUAGCAACGUCAAACCAUUAUCAUCGUCGUCAUCUGCGGCUGUCGCGACUUCAGCAGCGACAACACCAUCGACACCACAGCAUCAACAACAGCAUUCUUUACCAAUCAUUCAGCAGCAGCAGCUGCAUCAUCCACAGCCACCAAAGCAGCCACUUCCGCCGGCCCCCACUCAACACUACACAAUGUUAGACCCCAUCGAGGUGCAACAGCUUAUAGCACGACUACCACAACAGCAGCAGCAGCAAAUAUAUCCGCAGUACCACCCGCUGCAGCUGUUCUCGCAACCACCACCACUACAGCCAUCACAGCCACCGCAGUCCACUUCACCACCUCCGCAACAACAACAUCUACAGUUUCCACCACCACCACCGCCGUUAAACGAGCAGGGGGUGGCCCUCAGACCCUGUAGGGAGGGGUCUCAACAGAUUUUGAACGAUAGUAGUCAGAAUGGAACGAGUAGCUGGCCGUAG